AUGGCUGAUGGAACACGUUCGAUCAAGCAUAUGGAGGACCAGAUUCGAAAGCAAGAUGAACAGAUUCGCAAGAAUGAAGCGGUGGUGGCGGAGUUAUCAACACGCUUGAAUUCACACCUUGACGGGAAAUUAACGGAAUUCAAAUCGGUGAUGGAGGCUCAGAACGUGGCUAACAAAUCUCAUAUGGAUCGUAUGGAGAAUCUUAUUGCAACAUUAGCUCAAUCGACGAUUUCACAACCGAUUCAAGCCAAGGACAAAGCUCCGAUGAGAUUUGGGGAUAUUCCACCGGGUGGAAUUCCGGCCUCUUUUACUUCUGCAAUUCCGAUACCUCUGACACCGGCAAGCUCAUCCAGAUCCUUUCUGGAUACAGACUUCGCGAACAAUACAAGGGAGAGGGGAUUUCGGCUGAGAGGGGAGUCUUUGCCAUCCAACUCCAGGCCAUGCAAGGAGUUGAGAAUGAUGUCAUUACCUCCCCAAUGGCCAGUAGACCACCGAAUUGUGUUGAGGGUGGGGUCCUAUCCUUUCAAAAUUGCUCCUUACCUGUGUCCUCAUGCCUUCAAUAACGAAAUUCAGCAACAAGUUAAUGAGAUGAUGUCCCGAAAACCGCAUUCCAGACCCACCGCGGCCAUUUUGAGUUUUUGCAAAGCUUUUAAUGAGAAGAACAGGGGGUUAUCGGUGUAUGAAAAGGAGCUGAUAACAUUGAUCUUGGUAGUCUCUAAAUGGAGGCAUUAUUUAGCAGGAGUUCAUUUCAUCAUACGUACCGACCAUCAAUCAUUGAAGUACCUGCUGGAGCAGAAGAUCACCAACAACAUGAAACAUAAGUGGCUUACCAAACUGAUGGGGUAUGACUACGUGAUACAGUAUAAGAUGGGCAAGGAAAACAACGCAGCCGAUGCUUUAUCUAGAACGGAACGAGAGGUGACUGAUAAAAGUGACCAAGCAACAUAUUACUUCUUUAGCAUUGACCCCGAUGAUAAAUCUGAAUUCCAAUAUGUCCAAGGGUUACUCCGGAAAAAGGGCAGGUUAUAUGUGGGCGCUGAACCGGACAUCAGAAUGUCUUUGAUGGAAGCUUUCCAUUCUUCGCCGCUGGGGGGACACUCAGGACAGAAUAAAAUGGAUACAAUUCUGGGAUCAAAUCUUUACGAGCUUCUUCUGGCAGAAAUUACGGAUGGCCAAACCGAGCGAGUCAACCAAUGUGUGGAAGCCUACCUGAGAUAUUUUUGCAGCGAAAAACCAGCCACUUGGAGCCAAUGGAUUCCUUUGGCUGAGUGGUGUUAUUCCAGCAGCUCAAGAAAUGACACAGCAACAGGCCUUGGUCCUCAAACUCUUGCAGAACAAUUUAAACACCAUGGCAAUAAACCAGCUAGGCUGACGGUUUCUAAUUAUUUCCUAAAUUAUUGUUAUUUUGCUAUUUUUCGGGAGAUGGUUGAAAUAUCUAUAAAAAUAACUUCGAUUAAUCCGGCUGAUUUUCGCCGGAAAUUGACACCAAAGUUAAAAAUUAAAUGUUUGACGAGUCCACUUAAACCUCAAUAUGGAGGAGGAAUCGUUGUAAACCCGGAGUUUAACGAAGAAGGCUUAAAAGGAUGGUCAAAUUUUGGAGAAGCCAAAUUAACAAAAAGAGUUGACCCAAAAGAUGCCAACAACUUCGUGGUUGCCUAUGCUCGAAAUAAAUCAUACGAUAGUUUAAAACAAACUUUAACAUUGCACGAAGGAAAUUUUUAUGUGAUUUCCGCAUGGGUGCGAGUAAGUCAUGGAGUAUCUCAUAUCACCGCUGCAUUCAAAUCAUCGGCCGGAAACUUCGUACUCGCCGGUACGGCCAUAGCGCGAUCCGGCUGCUGGUCCAUGCUAAAGGGCGGUAUAACUCCCAAUGCUUCUACCGCCGGAGUUUCAGAGCUUUAUUUCCUGAAUGAAGAUGCAAAUGUUGACAUUAUGGUCGACAGCAUUUCAGUCCAACCUUUUACUCAAGCUGAAUGGACGUCCCAUCAAAUACAAAGCGUUGAAAAGGUACGCAAAAACAGAGUCAGAUUCCAAGUAGUCGAUCCUCAAGGUCAGCCAUUAGCAAAUACAAAUAUUUCCAUAGAACAGAGUAAUGCAGCUUUCCCAAUUGGAAGCGGAAUCAACGCUGAUAUCCUGAACAAUCAAGCCUACCAAAACUGGUUCAACAAGAGAUUCAAACUCACAGUUUUUGCUAAUGAGAUGAAAUGGUACAGCACAGAGAGCACCCGAGGCAGAGAAGACUACUCUGUUGCCGAUGCACUAAUGCAAUUCACCAAAACAAAUGGUGUCUCUGUUCGAGGCCACAACAUUUUCUGGGACGAUCCGAAAUUCCAACCGUCUUGGGUUCCCUCGCUUUCGCCGGCCGAUCUUAAAACGGCCACGGACAAAAGGGUCCAAUCCGUGGUGUCGAGGUACAAAGGACGGCUUAUUCACUGGGACGUUAUGAAUGAGAAUUUGCAUUUCAAUUUCUUUGAGAAUAAACUUGGACCGUCUGCGUCGACUACGUUUUUUCAGAAAUCUCGGCAGAUUGAUCCGACGGCGAUCCCGUUUCUGAAUGAUUACAAUACGAUUGAACAGAAAAGUGAUCAGAAAUCAGGUCCGGCGAGUUAUCUGCAAAAGAUUAAGCAGCUCCGAUCCGGUGGGUAUAAUGGUCCACUUGGAAUCGGGCUCGAGGGACAUUUUGAAGGGACUCCUGAUAUGGCUUAUAUAAGAAGCUCCUUGGAUACACUUGCUUCUGCAAAAUUACCCAUUUGGAUUACUGAAUUGGAUGUCUCCAGCGGUCCAAAUCAGGCGAAAUUUUUGGAACAAAUUAUGAGGGAAAUACAUUCACAUCCUGGUGUUAAUGGAAUCGUUCUAUGGACUGCUUGGUCUCCCAGUGGAUGCUACAGAAUGUGUUUGACGGACAACAAUUUCAAGAACCUUCCGACCGGAAAUGUGGUCGACAAACUUCUCGGCGAAUGGAAACUGCUGGAGGGAUUAACCGGCACCACUGAUUCGAAUGGCUAUUUUGAAACUUCACUUUACCAUGGAAAUUAUCAAGUCAGGAUCAAUUUUCAUCCUCUAGGGUUGAACUCGUUCUCCUCCUCAUCUGUCAACGUUACGGUGGCUCCAACAACAAAUCGCAAAACGCUGAAUGUCAAACUCCCCACCAUAACUUAG